CACCUGGAGGGGGCGGGGCUGCGGGUCGCUUGGAGAGGAAGGAACCGCGGGAGAUAAAGGUUACCAGAAAGGGCCGAGAGUCACCUGCGGGGCGGGCUCAGGCUCGGCGGCUCCGCGGACGGCCCACCUGGGUUGGGGCACAGCGCGAGUCCCGCGCACGUGGCGGGUUGUGGCGCGCGUCGUCCGAGUUCGCAGAGAGAGGCUGGCUGGGUCAGGCGGGGGAACCUGCCUUGAGCCCCGCAGGGUCCACGCCGGACCAGGGCGGGCCUGAGCCUGGGCGCCCCCCGGGACCCCCACUCCCAACGCCGUGCUUGGAGCCGCCGCGAGGCCGUGGGCUUUUCGAGCUUAAGGACGGGGCGGUUCCGAAGUCCCCGGGGGCGAAGGCCGGAGCGCGGCCCGGCGGGCGCGUGGGUUUUGUCCGCCAAACAGACACGGCAGGUGUCCUGCGCCGCCUCCCUCACCUGCCGCAGGUCCGCCCUCACUGGGGCCUCCCAGUCCGCGGGGCGGGGCGGCGCGCCUUCCUCUUCCUGGGACCGGGCGCCACGGCCGGGCGGGCACCAGUGAGUACCGGGGUCCCACCUGUCCUGCCGCCCCCUCCCCUCUCAGGAGCUGGGCGGUGGUGGGAGGAGGAGGGCAGGAAAACCGACGAUGCCUCUGGGGUUUCUAGGUCGCGCGUCUGUUAACCGCAAACCGCCCAAAGUUGAGCUAGAGCAGCUCCCAGGACUUGAUUGACCACAGCGAUUUUGAUUGAAGUGUAGCCACCGUCUUUUCCAUUUUUAGAAAAGCUUUCCCGAAGUUUGGAAUGUUGACGAUGGUCGUGUUAUUUUUAACUUCCUGAUAUUUGAAUGGCCAGGUGUCAGCGACCAUCCUUCCGUCCCACGGAGGCGGUUCUGAAGUUUGGGUCGCGUGCGCGCGCUUGGAGUGCGCGUGGAACCCGCGGCGGGCGCAGGGAGGAGGCCUUGAGUAGGGCUCCGGCGAGGUUCGAGUUUGCCCGCCCCGCGACCUGAAAGAGAAGGGCCAGCCCUUCACACCCGGAAGGGAAGGGCCAGUCCCCCCAACACCUGGCGCCGGGGGUCGCUGGGCCGCGGCGUCGUGGCAAGCACGGGUCCUCUCAGAUCCCGGGGCCUGAGCGCUGGCUGCUGAGUUUUUCCUUCGUUAAGGAAGUGUGACACUGGUCUGAAUCGGUUGACCACCGUAAGGAAAUGGGAUUUACACUGUGGACAGAGAUGUGUCCUUUUCACUUCAUUUGAACCAAUAUGCUCGUGCCCCCAUGGAGGCUGAGUUGGAAAGCGACAGGAAGCUGCCCCGCAAGAGAGUAGGUGCUCGGUUUCUCUUCUGCUUACAGGAGAUGCAUGUCCUGAUUUCUCGUUCUCCUAGGUGUUUUUAUUGAGAUGUAGGGAAUAUCUGAAUUCAUAACGACUUAGAAAAUCUGUACACACAGUUGAGAGAAAUAACAGGUCUCGAGGCUAAGGUGCUGUUUACCCCCAUGGGCUGGCCUCUUAUUAAAAUACUUGUGCAGCGAUUGAUGUUUAUAAAUUACUAUGUUGGAGGUUAAAAUGAUCAGAGUGAUAGCCUCCAUCCUGUCUAUCAUGUUUAAGGAGAAUUGGUUAUUUAGUUCACUAAUGUUCCAUGUAAACAAAAUUUCUGUAGAACUAGUAAAUGUUACCCCACAUUCUUUGUAAGUUAAAAAAAAAAGUUUAAUGUUUGCUCAUCAAAAGUGAUUUGAUACUUCUGUUUAGGAAAUCUUUAUUCUCAGGAGAUUUCUCAUUCCGCAGAAAUAAGGAUCUGGCAUGUCAACACAAACGUAGGACUUUGAUGCAGUCAAAGGGAAAUAACUGCUGCCCUGACUCUGCUGAGAGCCUCACAAGUCCCUGUGCACGCCAGCUUAUUUGCCAUGAAUAACCCUAUACCUUCCAAUUUGAAAUCAGAAGCAAAAAAGGCUGCCAAAAUAUUAAGAGAAUUCACAGAAAUAACUUCCAGAAAUGGACCUGAUAAGAUCAUUCCUGCUCAUGUAAUUGCGAAGGCUAAAGGCCUUGCAAUUCUGUCUGUGAUCAAAGCCGGGUUCCUGGUGACCGCCAGAGGAGGCAGCGGGAUUGUACUGGCGCGCCUUCCAGAUGGAAAAUGGUCUGCACCCUCAGCCAUUGGAAUAGCUGGCCUUGGUGGGGGAUUUGAAAUAGGAAUUGAGGUAUCAGACUUGGUGAUAAUUCUGAAUUAUGACCGUGCUGUGGAAGCUUUUGCGAAAGGCGGAAAUCUAACCCUUGGAGGGAACUUGACUGUGGCUGUCGGGCCCUUGGGAAGGAACUUGGAAGGCAACGUGGCCCUGAGAAGCUCGGCCGCCGUCUUCACAUACUGCAAGUCGAGAGGACUCUUCGCAGGCGUGUCUUUAGAAGGCAGCUGUUUGAUUGAAAGGAAAGAAACUAAUAGAAAAUUUUAUUGUCAAGAUAUCAGAGCUUAUGACAUUUUAUUUGGAGAUACACCACGGCCUGCUCAAGCUGAAGAUCUUUAUGAAAUUCUUGAUUCCUUUACUGAAAAGUAUGAAAAUGAAGGACAACGAAUCAAUGCAAGAAAAGCAGCAAGGGAGCAGAGGAAGUCUUCUGCUAAAGAAUUACCUCCAAAGCCACUGUUGAGACCACAGCAGUCACCUGCACCAGUCCAGCUGAACUCUGGCUCUCAAAGCAAUUUGAAUCCACCCAUAGAAGUGACAGCGCUGUAUUCAUUUGAAGGACAGCAGCCUGGGGAUUUGAAUUUUCAAGCUGGAGACAGAAUCACAGUUAUAUCAAAAACAGAUUCACAUUUUGAUUGGUGGGAAGGAAAGCUUCGAGGUCAAACUGGCAUUUUUCCAGCCAACUAUGUAACCAUGAAUUAAAGCGUAUACUAUUUUCUUCUUUGAGAAUUACAAAAAAAUUAUAUCUACACUGACAGGAUUUACUAGUUAAGCAAUGUUUAAUAUAAAUUUUUAAAACUUCUGUUCUACACAAUUUCCAUUCAGUAUGUAAAAGAUCUUGUUUUUCUAUAUAAAAAGAGUUGACUGACAUAUCUUUAAAUACUUUGUACUAACUUUAUCACACAUGCUGUGCCAUAGACUAUCCUACAAUUUAUGUGCUCAUAGUUCUUUUGUGAACAUUUUCAAACAUCACUAAGCAUUUGAUCUGGCAAUAUAUAUGGUAGCUGUAUUUUAAUUUGAGAAUCUUGAGGGUAGAGCCACGAAUUUCAAUGCAUACAUUUCCAUUUGCAAAGUGACUAGAGAAAAAGAAAUCAGCUUAAAUGAGGUAUGAAGUAAUGUUUAGAGUUGUAGCUAUUAACUAGAAUAUGAAUCCUUAGAAAUCAUAUUUAUGCUUUCAAAAAUUGUACUAUGCAUUUAUCAUAGAAAUAUGAUUACAAAGAAGUCCUACUACCAUGUCUUUAGACAUGUGACAUCUCUCAACUUUUCUUCCUUAUGGGGCUACAUUUGUUCAUUUCCAUCAGUAGCAUAAACUUACGGUGACGUGGUAGACUUGUCUGUAAAUAAAAUUUUUAAAAGUUUACUAACUUAAUAUUUCAA